GAAUGUUCUGAUUCUUUGGAGAGAAAUUCGAGAAAGAAAUCUGUAGAUAAACCUGAGUGUUAAAGUUGGUUGGUGGUUGAAAAAUAAAGACAAAAUGGCAGUCACGGUAGAAACCAACGGGGUCCCAGGACCACCAACUGGAAUAAACGUGAUAGUUGUCGGUGCAGGAUUCGGCGGCCUUACGGCAGCAAUAGAAUGCCACCGCCAAGGCCACCACGUCGAAAUCUACGAGUCAUUCCCUGAGCUCAAGAUCCUCGGGGACAUCAUCUCCUUCGGCUCAAAUGCCGGACGGAUUUUCUACCGCUGGAGCGAUGGCAAAGUCGCCGCAAAGAUGCGCGCGGUGUCUAUCGACCUGAGUAACUAUGGUUUUAAGAUUCAUAAGUAUGAUACUGGGGAGGUAGUGGCGGAUCAGAAGACGCCGCAGAUGGACCCCACAGCUCCGGUCUUUAAUGGGCAUAGAGGGGAGUUACACGAGAUUGUGUUUGAGUAUGCAAGGGAUGAGUUGGGCAUUCCGAUUCAUUUGGGGAAGAGGGUCGUGCAGUAUUUUGAGGGUGAGGGAAAGGCAGGGAUUGAGUUGGAGAGUGGUGAGAAGAUAAUAGCAGAUCUCGUCGUCGGCUCCGACGGCGUUCGCUCAAAAGCACGCACUCUGGUACUGGGCUACGAAGACAAGCCCAAGAGCAGCGGGUACGCAGUCUGGCGAGCCUGGUUUCCAAACACAGACAUGAAAGCCGAUCCACGAACGGCGCAGUUCUGCGAAAAUGGUGAUACAUUCAACGGGUGGAUUGGUCCUGAUGUGCAUUUCUUGUUCAGCACGAUCAAGAAUGGAUCGGAUUGUUGCUGGGUGCUUACCCACCGUGAUGAACAUGAUAUUGAGGAAUCGUGGUCUUUCCCGGGGAAGCUGGAAGAGGUGUAUAAGGUGCUUGAGGGCUGGGAUCCGAUGUGCAAGGCGAUUGUUGAGAAAACGCCCAGUUUGGUGGACUGGAAGUUGGUAUAUCGAGAUCCGCUCCCAACCUGGGUUUCGAAGGAGGGAAGGAUUUGCCUUCUAGGAGAUUCUGCACAUCCUUUCUUGCCAACCAGUGCUCAAGGUGCGACACAGGCGCUGGAAGACGGAGUCACCUUGGCGAUUUGUUUGAAAAAUGCUGGGAAACAAAAUAUUCCAGCGGCUGUGAGGACGUAUCAGGAGAUUAGGUACGACCGAGUGAAGGCGGUGCAAAAGACUGGAGAGACGACGAGAGAUAUGUGGCACAAGACAGAUUGGGACAAGGCGAAAAAAGAUCCGAAGGCAAUUGAGUUGCCUAGGGAGGAUUGGAUUAUGGGGCAUGAUGCUCAGAAGCAUGCUGAGGCGGUGUUUGGUGAGACUGUGAAGAAGUUUCUUUGAGCCGGGUAAUGCAUUUGGAAGAUAUUGUUUAUAGAAUGGAAUAUCGAUCUCCGCGUGAAUCGAAAAUGGCACUUUCUGUUGGACCACAAGACACCCAGAACGUGGUCCUGG